AGGUGAAGUGGAUACAGGCGUGUGAGUCCCAGUCCAGUUCUCGGUACAACAUGUCCUCCGCUGGACUUUUAAACAUGCACGCUCACGGCUGCAGACGCCUGGCUCACAAGUACCUGUCAAGAACCUACACAUCUCGGCCCUCGCUCAAUGAAGUCGUCAUCGUCAGCGCAGUCCGCACUCCAAUGGGCUCCUUCAGAGGAAGCCUGGCAGCAGUACCAGCCACUAAACUGGGCUCCAUCGCUAUCAAAGGAGCCAUAGACAAAGCAGGAAUCUCUCCUGAGGAGGUGAAGGAGGUCUACAUGGGCAAUGUGCUUCAGGCAGGAGAAGGACAGGCUCCCACCAGACAAGCCUUGCUUGGCGCAGGCUUGACCCUCGGCACUCCAGCAACCACCAUCAACAAGGUCUGCGCCUCUGGGAUGAAGUCCAUCAUGAUGGCAGCCCAGAGUCUCAUGUGUGGACACCAGGAUGUGAUGGUGGCAGGAGGAAUGGAGAGCAUGUCCAACGUACCUUAUGUAAUGACCAGAGACACCCCAGCGUAUGGAGGAGUGAGGGUUGAAGACCUCAUUGUGAAGGACGGACUCACUGAUGUCUACAACAAAUUCCACAUGGGAAACUGUGCAGAGAACACAGCCAAAAACUCCAACAUCACCAGGGAGGAACAGGACGCCUAUGCCAUCAGCUCCUACAGCCGCAGCAAAGUGGCGUACGAAUCUGGAGUGCUGGCCAAGGAGAUUGUACCAGUCAGCAUUCCCCAGAGAGGCAAACCUGAUGUGGUCGUGUGCGAGGACGAAGAGUGGAGGAGGGUCGACUUCAGCAAAGUCCCCAAACUGAAGGCAGUGUUCCAGAAAGAGAAUGGCACGGUGACAGCAGCUAAUGCCAGCACGCUGAACGAUGGAGCAGCUGCUCUGGUUUUAAUGACAGCAGACGCUGCACAGAGACUCAAUGUCACUCCACUGGCAAGGAUUGUCUCCUUUGCCGAUGCCGCGGUCGCACCCAUUGAUUUCCCCAUUGCUCCUGCAUUUGCUGUACCUAAGGCCCUGGAUGCAGCAGGGUUGAAGAAGGAGGAUAUUGCUAUGUGGGAGAUCAAUGAGGCCUUCAGCGUAGUCGUCCUGGCCAACAUCAAGAUGUUGGACAUUGACUCAGAGAAAGUCAACGUCAAUGGUGGAGCUGUGUCCCUGGGACAUCCAAUUGGGAUGUCUGGGGCGAGAAUUGUCGGUCACAUGGUGCACAAUCUGAAAUCAGGUCAGUACGGGCUGGCAAGCAUCUGCAACGGAGGCGGUGGAGCUUCAUCUAUUAUCAUCCAGAAGUUGUAGGAAUCUUGAAACUUUUCUCUCCCUGAUACACUCGUUGAAGUAUUUGUUGACAAACUUUUGAUUCUGAAUGUUAUGAAACCUGUUAACUCCCUUUUCACUGUAAGGAAAGCAUCUGUUACAACUGUGGCCUUAGUCCAACAUGACAUCAUGACUCCAGCAUUGAACACUCCCUUGUUUGUCAAAACCACUUGUGAAAAAAAUUGAUAAAUAUUUAACUCUGUUGAAAUGGUUGAAUAAAUACUGUAGUUUUCAUGAAACCA